AUGAGGGAGUGGUUGGCCCUAGCAGCGCUCGGCGCAUCAUCAGGAAGCUUGGCCACUGGGCUCGGUGGGUUCGAUGUUGUUGCGUUUGCAUCAGCAGCUGACGGCCCGGGCGUUGUUGCUACCAAUAAUGAUGGCCACUCGUAUAGCCCCAUCUCGGCGGAAAUGUCGGCAGGUCUUUUGGUGGGGGCGGACGAUAUGGUACUUACAAGGAAUAGUGGGAGAGAGGCAGUACAACCACCGGAAACGGGGACCCGAAGGUCACGAGAAAAACAUGAGAAAGUCCUGGGGCAGGAUGAAGAAGCAUCCACAGGAAAUGCUAUUGUCGAUGCUGCCCCUGCAGUUGGUUCUGGUGUUCGAGAGGAACAGGAGCUGGUGACAGAGGAUUUGCACUAUACGGGUAGUCGGUCGGGUUCACACAGCAACGCGAAGAAUUCGGAUUUCCCACGGAGAGACAUGGAAGGGAAUUCUGUAAUUUCGGCAAGUGGGAGCGGGUUCUCGAAAGGGGGAGGUGAUGCCCAAAGCCUAUUGCUACUGAACAUGGACCCUUUGUCUCCGUUGCUGUUGCUCCCACGAGCUCCUCGAAUGGCGGGCAUGAAGUCAUUUGUCUUGGGGUUAGUGCUUCUGCUACUGGCUGGGUGGAUUAUUUUAGAGGGGGAUGACACUGUGGCUUUCGGCCCCGCCCAUUCAUUGGCUAGUGCCGGGGACCUCGACCGCGAAGAUGUUUCCUCUAUUGCCUCUACCCUGCUGGUGCUCAUUGGUGCACUUUCUCUUCUUUCAGCGGUGUACAGACACCUUCACAUUGUUCGCCAACAACUUGAAUGGAUUCAGAAAGCAGAAGAGGGGAUAGAGACCGCAAGAAUGCUUCAUCAAAGCAGGCUGAAGCGAAUCUUGGCGCGGCAGCGUUAUGAAGGGGUAAUCACUGAUGUUGGCAAAUAUGGCUAA